AUGAAGAUCAAGCCCAGUAAAUGCAGAAGCAUCUCCAUUGUCAAAGGUCAAGUCACGGAUAAAAGAUUUCAUAUUGACGGAACACCUGUCCCAACUGUUUCAGAAAUGCCAGUGAAGAGCUUGGGCCGAUGGUAUGAUGCUGAGCUCAAGGACACCGAGCAGUUUAAACAAUUGAAAAAGGAUACCAUCAUGUACAUAGCUCGCAUCAACAAGUCCUGGCUUCCAGGAAAACUCAAGCUGUGUUUACAACAAACAAGUUACACACCAUAUAUUAUACUUGAUCCCAAUGAGCUUGUUUUAUUUCAGUGUCAUAUUUCUAUGCCGAUGGAGAACAUAGAUCACUACAAUAACUUGGACAUAGACUAUGUCCUCAACUAUCAAGAUUUAAACUCUGCAGCUCCUGGUUCACACUUCACAUGUGAGCCCUACAUUGAAAUUAUUGAACAACCUAAGCAGAGAGGCUUCCGGUUUCGUUAUGGAUGUGAGGGACCAUCUCAUGGUGGUUUACCCGGGGUUUCAAGUGAAAAAAACAAAAAAACAUACCCAACAGUGAAGGUCCAUAACUAUACAGGCCCUGUCAAAGUCGUGGUGCAAUUGGUUACCAUUGACGAACCUCCACUUCUGCACGUGCACAGCCUGGUAGGAAGACAAUGUAAAAAUGGAAUCUGUGUGGUUGAGAUAGAUUCUGAGGACAUGACUGCAAGCUUUCCCAACCUUGGAGUUCUUCAUGUUCCAAAGAAGGACGUGGCAGCAAUUAUAGAAGAACAGCUGAUUAAGUCAUGGAUGUCAGACAUCAAUGAUGGAAAUACAUCAUCUUCUGAUGAAGACGGAGUGGAAUGGCAAGAGAGACAUCUACAAAAAGAAGACAGAGAGAGAAUUCAUCAAGAAGCCCAGAAGCAAACCAAAUACAUGGAUCUCAGUGUUGUCCGCCUGAUGUUUACACCGUACCUGCCAGGAAGUGAUGGCAAGUUCACACAUAGACUUAGUUCAGUUAUAUCGGAUCCCAUUUACGAUAGUAAAGCACCCAAUGCAUCAAGUUUGAGAAUAGUAAGAAUGGCCAAAACUGCCGGGAGUGUAGUGGGUGGGGAUGAAGUCUUUCUGCUGUGUGAUAAAGUACAAAAAGAUGAUAUUCAGGUCCGGUUCUACCAGGAGGAUGAAAGUGGUCACAUCUGGGAGGCAUUUGGAAAAUUCAGUGCUGCCGAUGUUCAUAGACAGUUUGCCAUAGUUUUCAAGACACCAAAAUACUUUGACAUGCACAUUACCAAACCGAUCUCAGUGUUUGUCCAGCUACGAAGGCGAUCAGAUGGCGAAACCAGUGAACCCAAACCAUUCAUAUACUACCCACACAAGCAGGCCAAGAAAAAAUCUGAGAAGAAAUGGCAAAAGACUUUCCCUAACUGUCCAGAUAAUUACGAGGAGCCAGCGUUAGCUCACAGGGGAAUAUAUGGUGAUAAUCUUGGAGAGGAAAUGACAGUUUUAAGAAGACCUGAAUGUUUUAUAUCACCGUCCUAUGCACACAAAGAUGACAUUACUGGAGGUGAGGAUAAUGGUUUUAAAUAUCCCUAUGAGAUAAAUGAAAUAUCCUCUAACUUCCAUUACCAUAAAUGA